UUUCUCCAGAGUUAAGCGUCUUUGUUUGUGCGUGCGCACCACAGCGUGCUAUUCAUUAUACGAAACCGCAGUUGGGAUUUUUUCCGGUGCAUGUUUUAUAUCAUAAUAUUCACGGAAUCCAUCGGAGUAUAUCGUUUAUUGUGUCUGCAAACAGAGCUAUAGAGUCGGCGAACUUGGAUACAGAAGCAUAGUUGUUCCAGUCUGUUUUCCGUGGUCUGUGUCUUUGACGUGGCGUUGUCGACUCUCCGCAAAAGGCAAUGUGUAGGCAAACGUCUUUGGCUCUCUGUGCACACUCUGGACAAAGUGUCGUUUGCCAGGAUCACGUGAUUAAGUGAGUUCCGGUCCGCCAUGGCGUUCAGUGGGAUGACCAUCUUCUGGAUGGCCUUUGGCUGUCUGUUCGGACCGCUCUUCAUUGUGGCCUGCAUCAUGUCCGUCGUCAAAGCUGUCCGCGAUCGCAAGAGAAUCAAAGAGAGCAACUUGGCGAAGAAACAAGCUCGGGAGUCGGUGGACGCCGAUGCCACGCCUCGGCAGAACAACACAGUGAGAAAGCCGAACAUAAUGUUUAUCGAAGACGAAGACCGCAAGAACAAAUGGAAAAACCACGAGGGAGGCAGCGGCAAGCGGAGCACCCGAGAUCUCAAGGGGGAGAUAGCGGAAGCGGAAGUGUUGCAAAUGGUAACGGUGGCCAAGACGUACAAGUGACGGUGGAGCACAACACUCUUUGCGUCCCUAACGGAAAGGGCCCCACGGGCUUGGAGGAAGGGCUGGACAACCUGGGAUACUCUGUGAAUGACGCCAGAUCCAGCAACAGGUCAAGUAUCGAAAUGGAUACGUUGUGUUGCGAUGUGCACGAAUCACCUGUUCCAACAACGCCUUCAGAUGCGAGUUCAUGGCAGGCAACCACUGAUGUGGACACCGUGUCCGAUCCUACCACGCCCAUUGACCGCAGUCCAGAGCGAGGCCUGUCCCCCUCCUCUCGUCUCCUACCUAACUCGGCUGUGCACAUUGACAGUAAGACCCCGCAAAGCAACGGGUACACACUCAGUAACAACCAGCAGCACGGUCGGUCUUCCCCGCCACCCCCAAGUGACGGAAUUGACAACGUAAAGUUACAGGACUGCAACAAAAACAGUAAACGGCAGCAACAGCAGAAGCAUAAACGAGGCAUUCGUACAAAGCAUGAAGAUCCUCGGAAGAGCAACGACACGCGCAAAGACAAUUGGCAUGCCCGUGAGGCUAAUGGAGUGCGGGUGUUAAUGACUUCUCAAAGCGAAGAGCACGAAUUUGAUCUGCACUCGUCCCACGCUGUGGAAAGUGCUAGAAGAAAUUCCUACGCCGCUGGUAUAGAUGUGGGGUAUGAGAGGGACAAUGAUGUGUCACCAUCGAGAAGUUUCUCUGAGGACGAUCUGCAGCGACCUCAGAAGUUCGUGUCCGAAAGGAACAAGGGGGAGAUAAAUAAAGCGUUCAUAAGAAGCAACGAUGAACGUUUCAUUGAAAUGUAACUCCGUGGUGGCUACCGACGCCAGCGUGGUUUCACAGAAAACAUAAUAUACUAUUUGAACUGCCAGCGUUUUCUAUGGUCCAGGUUACCUUUUUUUAUCAAGGGGAAAUAGUUUUCAGGCCACAACUUGUCACAACUGCAAUAGCAGACACUGUCUUCGUUGCUUUUAUUUGUUUGGUAUAUGUAGACUAAUUUCGGUAAAGUUUCGACGACGUCAAUCUUAAUGCAGUGGCUCUGCAUUGACAAGACGAAGGAUCUAAAAUUCCCCUUCAAAACGCAAUUGAGUAAAAACAUGCUUUGAUAUUUAUCACUGAAACGUUAUGCACCUUGUACCUGGUCUCCGAAAGAGUUUGGGGAUCUUUACGCCACACAAACGGAUUAUACGCUCCAGAGAUGUUCCAGUGCAUGGAUUUCAUAUACAUUAACGUUAUGGCGGCGGGGAGUUCCCUUCUUGAGUAUACAUGCAUUAUUCGAAAGUUUUGCCGUACUUGCCACUCUCAACUGUAGCCUACAACUUUGGAAAGUCUCCACUUCCUCUCUGAAUACGUUUUUCCCUUAACGCCAAGUUCUGUUUUCCCCUCUGGAAGAUUGGAUAGCCGGAUAUGUCAAGUUACUGUUGAAGUACGGUUGCUUUUUAGAAUAGUUAAUCAAAUGUUACUUCCUGACAACCAAUAUGGAUCGAAAACAGAAGACUUUCCUUAAUGUUCUGGCUGAAGAACGAUGUGUUGCAACGUUGUACACUUGCUCAGAAAUCGUAUUUUUCAGAGAUAUGAUCAUCAAACUGAUCAUGACUGUACUUUCGCUCUUGAUACAUCCAGGAAAACCUAGGGAGUGGCUUCAUCGGUUUUUGAUUUUAACUUGAACAUAAUUAUAAACGUUCAUGGGAUCUUCUUCUUCUUCUUCUUCUUCUUCUUCUUCUUCUUCUUCU